AAGCGUUAUAAAAUACGGUACAAUUCAACAAUUCAAACUACUCGAAAGAUUCUGUUUAUAUUGUAAACAUCGUAAAGGCUGGUAUAAACUGAAAAUAUUGGGCUCCGUAUUCAAAGCCAUACUCAAGCCACUGAAUUGUUUAUUUGGAUGUAAAUGAGAAUAUCAAAAUCGGCACACGUUCAGAUUAAUGAAACUUAUACACGCGCCUAAAAUCAACUAAGUGCAAGUUAACAUUUAUUCACAAGUAUUAAAAUUAGACAGCUUUGCGUUCGUCUGCUUUCAUUAUUGAAAUAUGACGUACAUUUGAUGAGUGUUUUUUAUGGAUGCUAACGGCGAAGUGUAUUACGGCAAUAUCGGUAGUACGGCAACCGUCUGCUCGCGAACCGGCCUUUUCGGUGAUUCCCGGAAGAGGAUGCAGACGCGUCUCCUAUACGGCGCCAUCUGUGUGCUCAGCGUCAUUGUGGUGGCGCUCGUCAUUGCGUUAGCGGUGGUUGCCUCCAAAACGCCAGGAAGUAACGGCGCUGAGACGCCGGCGAACGGAUGUCAGGCCGGCGGCGUAUGGGAUCUACCUGAAGUUGAUUGCUCUCAUGCUAUUAGUGAUUUGGACAAAGCGAAAUGCGUCUUGGACAGCUAUCCAUUAAUUGACGGACAUAAUGACCUACCGUACCGUUAUCGACGGUUCUCCAACACUUCCGUUUACGGCGUGGACCUGACGUCUGACCUCCGGCAGGUCUGGAGUACGAAUCUCUCGCAUACCGACAUACCCCGACUGAGAGAGGGAAAACUGGGUGCACAGUUUUGGGCAUGUUAUGUCCCCUGCAAGUCUCAGUACAAAGACGCUGUCCGCCUGUCUCUGGAGCAGCUUGACGUCAUUCGGAAGUACGUCACGCGCUAUCCUGACACCUUCCGGUGGGUGACAACGGCGCAAGGAAUACUCGAUGCAUUCCAAGCUGGUCGGGUUGCCAGUCUAGUGGGUCUAGAAGGCGGCCAUUCUAUAGACAGCAGCCUGGCUGCCCUGAGGAUGUUCUACGACUUGGGGGUACGCUACAUGACCAUCACACACAGCUGCAACACUCCGUGGGCGGACAACUGGAAAAUUGAUGAGCCGACUUAUAACAUAACAGUUGACGGACCAAAAUUAGGAGGUCUUACUGUAUUCGGAGAGACAGUAAUCAAAGAGAUGAACCGACUGGGGAUGCUGAUUGACCUACCGCACGUUGCCAAUGCUACCAUGGUAGACGCUCUGCGAGUAUCCAGGGCGCCUGUUAUAUACAGUCACUCAUCGGCAUUCACCAUCUGUAACCACUUCCGAAACGUACAGGACUCUGUGCUACAUCUUACGAAGCGGAACGGCGGGGUUGUCAUGGUGAACUUUUAUGACUUGUACGUCACGUGUCCGCCACUGACGGAAAAACCGUCCAAGUUAAGUCACGUGGCGGAUCACAUAGAUUACAUCAAGAACAUUAUUGGAAUCGACCACGUGGCCAUUGGAGCGGACUACGAUGGAAUUCCCACGUUGCCUGUGGGUCUAGAGGACGUUUCCACCUACCCAGCCCUUUUUGCCGAGCUCGUUCGCCGGGGCUGGAAAGAACUGGAUCUGCAGAAACUGGCCGGCAGAAAUCUCAUCCGGGUCUUCAGACAGGCGGAGAAGGUUCGAGACGAGAUGUCCUACUUACCACCUUUUGAGGACAUGUUACCAGAGAGCGAGAACAGUGCCGACAAGUCAUGUCGGACCAACAUGAACGAAUGGUGACAACAAGGUCGUUGGACGCUUAACAGAAUGUGCAGCAGCCCACACUUUAUCACUAUGACUCUCGUAUUCUGGAUCGGCGGCGUUAAUGACCACUAUGUUCACUGAAUAGCAUUUUUUUUAUUAAAUACCGUUAAUAUUUUGUGGCAUGCUUACUCAGAUAAAAGCCAUUUUCUACUUUGAUAUCAACCCACACAUUUUCUACUUUGAUAUCGCCCCACAUAACUGUGUCAAAUUGUGAUAUGAAAUUCAGAAAUUACCUAAUAUGUAUAAAUGAUGCAUCAUGAUAUAUUAAGAAAACGAUAUCAUUAGUAUUUGUGUGUUAUUAGUACUUUUUGUAUGCUUCCUAUUGUUGCCGUAUCUAAAAAAUUGUACAUUCCCAAAUGGCAGUAAAGUGCUUAGUAUAAUUCCAAAACAUCUUUUAGCGAAUACUGAGUAAAAUAAUACAUAAUUCCCCUCAUUUAUGAAAAUAGGACUCCAUUUAUUAAGGCUGAAGGAACUGCAGACACAGUUGCAUCUUUAUCUGUCCUUAGUAGACGGUAGAAACAAACAAUCAAAUAAAAAACAAACUGGAUAGAGCUUAUUAUUUGCAAUGUACGAUUAUAUAUGUGGAAAUGUUCAAUAUAUAUGAAUUAUAUAUGUUUCUAUUUUUUUGCACGUUUCGAUUGCCUCUUAUUUUUUGGUUGCAUUGCUUGGUGGCCGAAUUCCGUGGAACAAUUGAUCAAUUUGUGUUGGCCUUAUUUUCAGAAUUGCAUUUUGAAUAUAUUGAGAUAAAAUCCUUUUGAUGCACUGUUCGAUGACAAAAUCCUUUUGGUAACUAUUGAUGUAACAGUUCCAUUUUUAAUAUUGAAUACAUAUACACAAUUA